CGGAAACACUUGUGCCGCGCGGUAACUUGACGUGGCGCUGCGUCAGCUUUCGAGUCACCGCGGGACCUUUCUCUUCUUCUCUGCGAUGCGGAACCUCAGCCGGCGACCCGCACCGGUCCAGACUCACGAAGAAACCUGGGGGGAGGCUUCGGUUCUGCUCUGCUGAGCAAGGUCGGGCUCGCAGCCGCCAUGCCGCGUGGAGCUAGCCGCUAGCAGCGAAGCUAUGAGCGGCGACGGCGGAGGCGCCAUCAGCCGCCGGAUCAAGAAUCUGCUCAGAUCCCCGUCAAUCAAACUUCGGGGGCGGGGACGAGUCUCACGUCAUCAGUUGGGCGACAAGGUGACCUUGGAAAAGGUCCUGGGCAUCACGGCGCCUGGGAACCGAGCACUGUCAUGUGACCCGAAAAGUGGACUCUUGGCGUAUCCCGCUGGGUGCGUUGUGGUCCUGCUCCAUCCUCGCAAGAACAAACAACGGCACAUCUUCAACGUAUCGAGGAAGACCAUCACCACGUUGGCCUUCUCACCUGACGGCAAGCAUGUGGUCACCGGCGAGAGCGGCCACAUGCCGGCGGUGCGCGUAUGGGAGGUGUCGAACGGCGUGCAGGUGGCGUCCCUCCAGGAACACAAGUACGGUGUAGCCUGCGUGGCCUUCUCGCCCAACAUGAAGUACAUCGUCAGUGUGGGCUACCAACACGACAUGAUGGUGCACGUGUGGAACUGGAAAGUAAGGCGCUCUUCAUCCCGUGACUGCACGUUUGCAGGUACAGAAAGGCGUGGUGGUGGCAGCCAACAAGGUGUCGAGCAAGGUGACGGCCGUGUCCUUCUCGCAUGGCUCAUCCUACUUUGUGACGGCGGGCAAUCGACACGUCAAGUUCUGGUACCUGGACCACGGCAGGACCUCCAAGGUGAGCGCCGCCGUGCCGCUGCUGGGCCGUUCGGCGCUGCUGGGAGACCUAAAGAACAACUUCUUCUGCGACGUGGCAUGCGGCCAAGGCCAGCGGGCGUCCUCCACAUUCUGCAUCAGCACCUCGGGCCUCCUGCUGCAGCUGGACCAGCGCCGCAUGCUCCACAAAGGCUUGACUCCGCCUCUGCAUCUCAAGCCACGUGUUUGUGCGUGACGGACGAGCUGAUCUUUUGCGGCUGCUCGGACGGUGCAGUCCGCGCUUUCAGCCCUCACACACUGCACUUUCUCUGCACGCUGCCACGCCCUCACUUCCUGGGCGCCGACAUCGCCACCAUGACUGAUGCCAGUUCUCUGUUCUGCCUUCGUCCCGAUGCCCAAUACCCGGACACGGUAGCCCUGACCUACGACUCGAGCAGCGGUUGGCUGUCAUGCGUGUACAGUGAUCACAGCGUGUACGUGUGGGACGUGGGCGACCUCCGAGACCCGCGCCGGGUGGGCAAGCUCUACUCGGCACUCUACCACGCCUCCUGCGUGUGGAGCCUCGAGGUGUUUCCCGAAGAUGGUGAUACGGAAAACAUGGCGCUCCCACCAGGAUGCUUCCUGUCGUGCUCGUCGGAUAACACCAUACGUGUGUGGAACUUAGACACUCACCGCUUCCCCAACAACAUCCUCAGCCGUGAUCUUCACAAGGUCCUUUACGUGGAGGACAACCCAUCCAGCCUCCUGGACCCAGACAGCGUCUCGCUCGCCGCCAUCAGCGAGAAGGGGCAAAGCACUUCCGAUGUGCCGCCCGGCGACCAGAGCCGUGCGGGCAUUCGGUCGCUGAGGGUCAGCCCCGACGGGCGGCACCUGGCCUCAGGGGACCGCGUGGGCGUCCUCAGGGUGCAUGACGUGCGCACCAUGGAGGAGAUCGUCAAUGUUCAAGCUCAUGACGGCGAAAUCCUGUCCCUCGACUUCUCCCAAUGCGACACGGGUGUGCAGUUUCUGGCCACGGCCAGUCGGGAUCGCCUGAUUCAUGUGUUGGACGCGGCAUCCGACUACCGUCUGGUCCAGACUCUGGAUGAGCACUCGUCGUCCAUCACCGCCGUCCGCUUUGCAGCUAAUGAGGGCAAAGUGCGGCUGAUCAGCUGUGGCGCCGACAAGAGUGUCUACUUCCGCACGGGCCAGCAGACGGACGGCGACGUGGAGUUCACGCGAACCCAUCACGUGGUAAGAAAGAGCACACUGUACGACAUGGACGUGGAGCCCACCAGAAAGUAUGCCGCCAUUGGCUGCCAGGACCGCAGCAUCAGGAUCUUCAACAUCAACAACAGCAAGCAGAAGAAAAUCUACAAAGGAUCUCGGGGAGAAGAUGGAACGCUCAUCAAGGUGCAGAUUGACCCGUCAGGUCUCUACAUCGCCACUUCCUGUUCGGACAAGAGCAUCAACAUUUUUGACUUCUACUCUGGCGAAUGUGUGGCCACUAUGUUUGGACACUCGGAGGUGGUCACUGGCCUGAAGUUCAGCAGCGACUGCACACGCCUGAUCAGCGUGUCAGGUGACAGCUGUAUCUUCGUGUGGCGUCUCAGUCUCGGGCUGACCCUGCGCAUGCGUCAGCGUCUGGAUGACCUGAGGCUUCCCGGCCAAGGCCCCGCCUCCUCCCACCAGGCACCUCAGCAGCGGACGGGAAAGGCCGGGGAGGCGAGGCCUCCUGGCGUGGUCGCCAUGUCAUCGGACAGUGACAAGGAAGAGGAGGAGGAGGAAGCGACUGAGGUGACACGUGACGACGGCAAGACGGUUUUUCAGGCUCCGCCAGACGGCCGACUGCCUCGCCGCCGCUGGGCAAGGAAUUCGUGCCAUGCUGAUGCUAGUCAUGUUGCCAUGGUGACAUCCAUGUUGGACCUGAGACAGCUGGACUUGUACUGUUCCAAUGGCGGGUUGGCGGCACGCCCACUUGACUACAUCCCCUCUGAGGCGGGGCUUCACAGAGACAGUCAACAGCUGGGAAGUCGGCUGAGUCUCCAGGUGGAGCACACAGAGGCGCUGGCCAAUCCAAAGGCAGACUUCACCUUGGUGUCCGAUCUGAAUGUGGAGAGGGAGCAGCCGGUGCUCUUUCCUGACCAAUGGGAGGAUAGAGUGAGCCUGAGCGGCGACUUUGAGGUGAAGGGCGCCGAUCCUGCAAGCGCACAAGAGGAGAAACCCAGUCCGGACAGCGGUUGCUCGCUCAGAUUCUCUAGAACCUCCAGUCCUGACGUGGCAGUGGCCAAAAACAGUGAGCCUUCGGAGCAGACAGAUCGUCUUAGCGACGAAGCCGACUCACUGGACGAGGAUGAGGACGCCGGUCCGGUCCCGCAGACUCCGGACCAGGAGACUUUCCUCAAGAAACACUUUGCCACGCUGGCCGACAUCGCAGAGGGACCCAGCAGUACCGCGCACAGCUCCAAUGAGAGUCUCAGCAUGUCAUUCAGGUUGCUCAACCAGAACUCUCCUGCCAGCCGAACCAUCCCGAAGUCAGACGGUAUGGAGACCAAGUCCUACCCGGCGGUGCCUGAGGUUGGGACCCAGGACCCGAGCGUGACAUGGACUCCCAACCAACCGGGAGAUUGUCACCCACAAGAAGUGAAGCGGAACCUCGAGGCCACCACAGGAAGCAAGGAGUUGGACCUUGAGAAGACGGCGAGUGCUCCAGAUGGCAUGACCCUUCAGCGUCCCACCUCUCUCCCCUCAGCCCCCCGACGCACUUCGGCUGCGGCUCAUCCUCCUCAGAACCUCGCUUCCGCCAGCCCCAGGUCGUCUCUUCAGCAGGCGACGGGUGCCAUGACGCUUCCGAGAAAGUGCCCCGCUCCGUCAGUGUGCGCGCCGCGCUCUUACAUGAACCCCACCGCCAGCUCCGCCGCCAAAAUGUCCCGCUCGGCCUCGCUGGGUGACGCCCUCAACCAAGUGGGGCUGAUGGCGGGGGCGGCGUCCGGGGCUUGCCAAACACCCGCCAUGGCCGUUCCUUCCCUUUCUUCUUUACCAAGUUGCCAAGGUAACCAGGCUGUCCCGCUCCCCCGGCUCCUGCUGCCUGACAAACCUUCCAUCACGAGCAUCAGGACCACCCCCCCACCUGGGCCCCCACCCGGACCCCCAACUAUGCCAGGGGACGACGCAGACUUGCCUGCCAGCGUUGAGUCCUGCCAAGCGUUGACCGAUCAGAUGCUUAGCUGCUUCAAGCGAGCCACCCACCUCUACAGGAAGGUGAGCGGCACUUGUGCGGAAGACGAUGACCCUGAGCACAUUCAAAUGGCCAGUGUCCUGUCUGAAGCCCUCUGGUCCAUGAGGGCAGAGCUUCAGUCCCUGCUGUUGGCACCGAGCAGCAGCGCCCUCGCGGGGACGGCGGACCAGGAAAGGACAGUGGCUCUCCUGGAGGAGUACUCCAUGCUGCUUCUGCAAGCCGUUCACAGGAAGCUUGGACCCCUCACACCCCCCUAAAUUCCCCCCCCCAGGUCCCUACUCCAUCACCCCACCCCCUCCUUUCUCGUUGUUUUAAACGUUACUUCCUGUUUACGGGUGAGACUUCUUGUUGAUUGUUUAGAGACGACUGCACUUUGAACAAAACUUUGACUGUUAACAAUCACUCUCUGUUCUCUGUAACGGUUGAAACAAAAUGGAUGAUUGACAGCUGAUCUCAGAACACGGUACACAGGUCACAUGACUUAUUCAGAUAUUUAAAAUGUUCUUAAAUAAAUGUUUGCAACAAAGUC